AUGGUGCAGCGAGCCGCGCGGGGCCGGGGAGCGGAGGGUCGGCGGGAGCCGUGCCCCCCGGUGCCCGGCGGAGCGGCGGAGCCGGGGUGGUGCAAGACGCCCAGCGGGCACAUCAAGCGGCCCAUGAACGCCUUCAUGGUGUGGUCGCAGCACGAGCGCCGCAAGAUCAUGGACCAGUGGCCCGACAUGCACAACGCCGAGAUCUCCAAGCGCCUGGGCCGCCGCUGGCAGCUCCUGCACGACUCCGAGAAGAUCCCCUUUGUCCGCGAGGCCGAGCGCCUGCGCCUCAAGCACAUGGCCGACUACCCCGACUACAAGUACCGGCCGCGGAAAAAGGGCAAGGUGGGCGCCGCCGCCGCUCGCCCGCGCCUCCCGGUCAAGAUCAAGCCCUCGGUGCUGGGCCGCGUCCCCGCCGGGCGAAGGCAGCACGCCAAACCGUCCGCCGGCCCCGAACCGGGCGCACCGCAGGAAUCGGCCGCCGAGGUGCCCGCCGAGGACUGCCCCGCGGCUCCCGGCACGGCCGCCCGGCCCCCGGUGCCCGCCGGUGAGCGCAGCCCCACGGAGCCCCCCGAGCCCCCCAGCCCCGCCGCCGCAUCCGCCGCCGCCGCCGGUCCUGAGCCGGGGACGUCCCCGGAGAGCGGGACGCCCUCGCCCGUGUCGGCCGGGUCGCCGCCCUCCUCCUUCAGCUCCUCCGACGAGGAGCUGGAGGAAGAGCUGCUGGGUGUCGCGCCCGGCCGGGCCCCCGCCAGCACGGCCUGCGGCGCCCUGGACUGGUGCGGCUUCGACAAGGACCUCGACCUCUUCCCGCGGGGAGGCUCCUCGCACUUCGAGUUCCCGGACUAUUGCACGCCCGAGGUGACGGAGAUGAUCGCGGGGGACUGGCUCAUGUCCAGCAUCUCGGACUUGGUCUUUACCUACUGA